CCCUUCGCCCACCCCGCGGCCGUGGUGGCCGGCUCCGGGACGCACAUCCCUGGGACACCGACCCCAAAUGUAAAGCGGACCCGCAGCCCCUCGCCCCCAAGCGCAUCAACUGAGUCUCGCCGGCGUCUCCUCUGCCAAACCCCACGGCUGGAAGAUGUGGCAGCCGGCCACGGAGCGCCUGCAGCAAACCUUCUCCCAUUUGCAAAUUUGCUAAAUUGGCCUGAGAAGACUGUGAGAACAGGCUUUCCUUGGGAGAUUUCUUGUCCUGACAGAACCAGCUGGAGGCCGGAUGUGCAGAGCACUUUCAGACCAUGCUGAAGUCUAAACUGAAUGUCCUAACACUGAAAAAGGAGCCUCUCCCAGCUGUCAUCUUCCAUGAGCCCGAGGCCAUCGAGCUGUGCACCACCACGCCCCUGAUGAAGAGCAGGACUCACAGCGGCUGCAAGGUUACCUAUCUGGGUAAAGUCCCUACCACAGGCAUGCAGUUUUUUUCAGGCUGCACAGAAAAGCCAGUCAUUGAGCUCUGGAAGAAGCACACACUAGCCCGAGAAGAUAUCUUUCCAGCCAAUGUCCUUCUGGAAAUCCGACCAUUCCAAGUGUGUCUUCAUCAUCUUGACCACAAAGGGGAGGCUACGGUCCACAUGGAUACCUUCCAAGUGGCUCGCAUCGCUUACUGCACUGCCGACCACAACGUGAGCCCCAACAUCUUCGCCUGGGUCUACAGGGAGAUCAACGACGACCUGUCCUACCAGAUGGACUGUCAUGCUGUUGAGUGCGAGAGCAAGCUGGAGGCCAAGAAGCUGGCCCAUGCCAUGAUGGAGGCUUUUAAGAAGACUUUCCACAGUAUGAAGAGUGAUGGCCGGAUCCACAGGAACAGCUCCUCUGAGGAGGUCUCCCAGGGAUUAGAAUCCGAUGACGGCUGAAGGAAUUUAGGGGGCUUCAGAAAAGGCAGCAUUGGUCCAGGAAUUCCAGACCAUAUGAAUAUGCAACGAUUCAAAUUUCAGAUGAAAGACUGCCAAACUAUUGGCCGACCAAGCUUUUAAAAUUCAGAAGAGCAACUCUAAAUCUAAAGAAAUGUAUUAUUAAAGUAAUUACGUUACAUUGAAAUCUGCUGCUGCUGUGACUGUGAGGAGGGUGGGAGUGUGGAUGGGGAGGAAAGGUCUCUAGACUCUCUCUCUUUUUCUUUGCUCAUUCCCCAGUGCCUCCCUGUAGGAGAGUUCCAUGCUGAUUUUCACCAUUCUCAGGCAAAGACACUGAGGCUGUUAUGUGAUGGACAAUUCCAGUUUGCCUUAUGAAACCCAACAAGAAUGUUAGAUGCACUUAUCGGAUCAUUAGUCAAGGGGGCAGGGGGGUGAGUACUGAUGCUGGUGCGGAAGUCGCAGGGCUAAAGGAAAAGUCAGGUGGAUUUGAGCCUGAGACUCCUCUCCCAUGUUUCAGACCCUCUCCUCAGUAAGCCAAUCAGCACAGCCUUCAUUGAGCUUUACAACUAACCGUCUGAUAGUUGGCAGUUAAUUCACAGUUAAAGAUAAUGCUUUUAUUUACAUAAAUAUAUCAAGUAGUGCCCUCUUAUUGUAUUCACUUCAUCUAUUUUCUUAGAAUCCUUGCAACUACUAAUGACCCUUCCGUCCUCCUGCCCCAUCCACCCUUGUUCCCCUUCUAACCCAUGCCAACAUCCCCACAGGGGUGGAUUCUCAAUAUACACUGCAGGACACCCAAAGGGAGGAAAAUCACCGAGCAGAUGAAAUCAACCGUCAAACCAGCUAGGAGUUUAAAACAACCACCACCACAACAGAAACCUUGGAAAAAGGGAAUGAGUUAUCAGCAAGUGAACAAACUCCAUGCAGGCUUGUCCUUUCUUUCAACCCUCAUUUGUGGUAACUUAUGGUCCUGUCUAACGAGUCCUUCCAGGCAAGCUUCAAAUCUGACUUGGUGUCACCAAGGAAGCCUUGCUGCCAUCACUCAACCUUGCACUCUAGUGAGUUCUCUAAACUUGGCUUGUCUACGUUCAACUUAAUCUAAAGAGAAAUCUGACCCGUGACCUUCAAAUCGAGAACAUCUCAGAGUCAGGAUCGCCAGUGCAUUCACUGUUUCUCAUGAGAAGUUCUCACUAAAGCUGAGAUUUCUGUUUCUUGGAUCUUUCAAUGUUAUAAAAUGCCAAGGGUCAUCAUUGUAUGAAAUUGAGAGGAUUUGUUAAAAUACAAACAUUUAAGGCUGAGAGCAGAUGGCUAGUUUCCCAGGUAAUGCUCAUUGAUUAAAGUUGGUUUUUAAUCCUGGUGAUGGUAGGGGCACUGGGGCACCUUAUAGAAAGAAGCCUUAAAUGAGAGUUAAUAGCAUCUGGAGAGCAACAGUGUUAGUGUUUUGGUCUUUGUAUCUGUGUGUCCCUAUAUGCACCUGUGUUAUGUAUGUACCCCCAUGUGUGGGUCUGGGUUUAAGGCAUGUAGAAUUAGCAUGGAGUCAUAUUGAGGAGAACCCGCCCCUUGGAGAUAUGCUUGCUGCUUUCCAACACAUGUAAACUAUUCUUUAGCAUAAAUGCAUUCAUUCUUUAAUAAAAUAUGUUUGCAUUAAUAAA